UCUUCCUCUCUUGCUCUUUCUAGACAAACGUCAACAUAACCUACAAUGUUAGACAAAAUGUCAUCAAAAAUAUAAUUUAUCUCGUGUAUUUAUCAAUUUUAUUUUCAAUUCUUCAUUGAAAUAAGUCAUAAACAAAGAAAAAUAUAAUGGCAAACGAUCGUGAAGUGCUGCGAGAAAUAUGGGAAGGAAAAAUUCCAGUUUGCUUUCAAUUAGACUCAGAAGAAGUGUCUGAACUCCAAGCACCAGAUCCAUUUUACUUGAUGGUGCCUCGAUUAAGUUAUUUUCCUCUUUGCACUGAUAAGGUGCGAAAACACUUUAUGCGACACAUUCAACAAGAGAAACAAGAAAAUGAAAUGUGGCUUGAAUUUAAUGGAAUUCCAUUAAAAUGGCACUUUCCCAUAGGAGUACUUUUAGAUUUAUAUUGUAAUGACAUUCAAUUACCAUGGAAUAUAAUUGUACAUUUUGAUAAAUUUCCCGAGAACGUUUUGAUGCACUGUCAAAAUAAAGAAGUCGUGGAAGCGUAUUUUUUGUCUUGUAUAAAGGAGGCUGAUGUUCUCAAACAUCGAGGUCAAGUAGUUUCUAGUAUGCAGAAAAAAGAUCAUAAUCAAAUUUGGCUUGGAUUAUUGAACGAUAAAUUUGAUCAAUUUUGGGCUGUUAAUCAUCGACUAAUGGAACCCAGUAACGAGGAAGGUUUUAAAUACAUACCUUUCCGUUGUUAUGUAAAUGACGAAAGUUAUAUUCAAAAAUUAGUUAAACCUCUUAAUGAGGAAGGUUAUCGGAAAACGUUAAAAGACUUACUUCAUGAAGUUUUUCCCGAUAAAGAAGAAGUUCAAAUUCGAACACAUGGAAUUUUACCCCCUUUGGAAACACCGUUGCAGUGGCUUUCAGAACACUUCAGUUAUCCUGAUAAUUUUUUGCAUUUAUGCCUACUGUCCUCGUAACACAUUUAUAAAAUAUAAUAAUAAUAAUUUCAAGAACAUUAGUCAAUUAGUCAAUAGACAAAAAUUGACCAAUUGUUCUUAUUAUUUACAAAUGAAUAAGUUAUAAUUUUUGGCAGUAACAUGAUACCAAAUCAUUUUAUUUUUUUAUAUCUCUUUUACAACGUCUUUGUAAUCCUGAUAUUUAUUUUAUCUAACUAGAAAAUUUUCAAUAUAUAUAUUAAUUUUGUCUAUGAAGUGAAGAAAGAUAUUGAAUUUGAUUAAAGAAAUUUACUCCAUUAACCUUAAACUAAAUAAAAAUAUUUUGUUAAAUAUUUUUAUAUUAUUUUACAAAUAAAAUUAUUUAUAGUUUCAAAGAAUUAGUAAGUUUUGAGUUGAAAUUUAAAAAUUGGAUUGGUUUUUUGGUUUACUAUUUUUCAUUUAAUAGAAGUCAGAAUUCAAAUGGAUAAUUAUGAUUCAAAUAGUUAUUAAAAUCAAUUACUAUAUUAAUAUAUUCAAGAAAGUUAUUAUAAUUUUUAAUUGAUUCAAUCAAAAUGUUUUUUUAGUUUAAGGUUAUAUAUGUUAAUUUCUUUCAUUGUUGUUAAUUACUCUUUGAAGUUUAACUUCUUCGUGAAAUUUUACUAGAAUGAAUGUGGGUAUAUGUGAAUAUGAAAAAUACUUUUUAUUUUAUCAAUAAUUAUUCACUUUGUUUAUUAUUAGCUAUGUGUGCGUGUGGGUGUGUUAAAUUAUUAAAUCGUGGAACUUUAUGAAGUUAAGUGUGGGUUGUAAAAAAAAAAAGUGUUGUACGCAAACAUUCUGCUAAAAAAAAAAUUGUAUAUAAAUGUAUUUCUGCGGUCUAAGUGUACAAAAUAAUUAAGUUCACGAGACGCAAGCUAUUUCUUGAGUUUUAACCUCUUCAAUACAUGAAAAAAAAAAAAUUGGA